AUGAGUCGCCUACCGUCUGUUUCCAGUCUCAUGUCACCUCCUGAAUCCAAACCUUUUGAGAAUUUCAACACCUCAUUGUCGCCUUACACAACGUCACAGGAUUAUUGCUCGUUUGCCCAUGACAUGAAACUCCCUCCCAUUUCUAGCGAACGGAAGCGAACGCAGUCAGAAAUGGAUUUGCCAUCGCCUCCCGUCACCCCAUACACUGGGAACAAGAAAAGGAGAUCGGAUGUUGCAGAGGAAAUUGAGCGAGAUGUUGUGCUCAGUUCUUCUAGAGAUCCUGUUCUGUUCCCUCAUCACGAUUCUUUAACAGAUGUUGCCACUGAUGAGCCCCUGUUUGGGCAGAUUCUUCCGCCCCCAGCAGAGGUUCUAAUGGAACAACAUAUCGAUUCUCACAUGGCAAGAUUUGAUAACAAAGUGAAUAAGCCAACACGGGAUGAGUAUCUCUUAGCGCUGUCCUGUGUGCCAGUUGUCUCCGCCCAGUAUAACCGGAAUCCUGCUGCCUGGGCCAAGGAGGAACGUGAAACACUUGAGCGUCAAUUGUUCAUGAUGAAUCGUUGCCGACCUAAAAUUUUAGAUGCAAAAUUAAAGAAGAUUGCGCCCGCACCCAGCAAACGGGCGGUUGCUACACAGCCUCGCGCACAGCGAACACCGCGGGCCAAGCGUUCCCCCAAAUCUACGCCGCAUCAAAAGGCACAUGAAUCCUUUGACUUACCUGCUCCGACGAGUACUAGGCCUCCCAGGGGCAUAGGAACAAAUCGGGAUGACACAGAUUAUACUUCCAUCAUGGAUUUUUCACCCUCGCCAGAAACACUUGGCGGCAAUGCCAAGGCAUUAAAGGCAGACUGGAAAGGACAAAUGUUAGAUCUUGGUCAGGAUCCAGAUCGGCACCUUUUGAGCCCGGCUGAGCUCAGCCUUGCCUCCACCCUGAGGCUCUCAUGCGCAACAUACUUAUGCAGCAAACGCCGCAUCUUCGAGGCCCGUGUGAGAGCUUUAAGGAUUGGCAAAGAGUUCCGCAAAACGGAUGCCCAACAAGCUUGCAAGAUUGAUGUCAACAAAGCGAGCAAGUUGUGGACAGCUUAUGAUCGUGUUGGCUGGUUCGACUCUGAACACUUUCAACAACCAAUUCUCACACCGCGAAGCGUUCUGCCCAUCUUCUUUGUAUUCGGCGUCAUAUUUGCACCAAUCGGUGGCCUUCUCCUAUGGGCUAGCUCUCAACGCAAUGAUAAGGUCCAAGAGAUAUCUAUAGAUUAUUCAGAAUGCGCCGAAAAGGCCCCUUCUUAUCCAGCCUCAAUUGCAGACCGAGUUAAGUCAUCGUUCAAGUCAUCGACUGGACAGUCUACCCCAACAUGGGAGCGUCGUAUAGAGAACGGAACUACCAUUUGUCGGCUGAGUUUCGAAGUACCAGACGAUCUAGGGCCUCCCGUCUUUCUGUACUAUCGUCUUACCAAUUUUUACCAGAACCAUCGGCGAUACGUGAAGUCAUUGGAUAUAGAUCAGUUGAAAGGGAAAGCUGUUGACAAUAAGACCAUCGACGGCGGCUCAUGUGAUCCCCUUAAACUCGACUCGACUGGAAAGGCGUAUUACCCGUGCGGACUCAUUGCGAACUCCCAAUUCAAUGACACAAUACACAGCCCUGAACUGCUUAGUGACUUGAACCCAACGGUGUACUUCAUGACUAAUAAAGGCAUCGCCUGGGAUAGUGAUAAGGAACUUAUCAAAACCACACAAUACAAGCCAUGGGAGGUUGUGCCACCACCGAAUUGGCAUGACCGUUAUCCAAACGGGUAUAUUGACGGUAUCCCUGACCUUCAUGAGGACGAAGACUUCAUGGUCUGGAUGAGAACCGCUGCGCUGCCGGCCUUCAGCAAACUCUCCCGCAGAAAUGACACCGUGUCCAUGAAAGCUGGCUCUUAUCGCCUGGAUAUUGAAGAUCGGUUUCCGGUCACUGAGUAUGGUGGCACGAAGUCAAUUCUCAUCUCCACCAGAACUGUCAUUGGAGGACAAAAUCCUUUCAUGGGUAUAGCUUAUGUCGUCGUUGGCGGAAUUUGCGUCCUGCUUGGGGCUCUUUUUACCCUUGCGCACUUAGUACGACCAAGGAAAGUACAGUCAUUGCUACGGGCAGGAAUGACAGAUUUGGACCGCAUGCCCAUUGAAACAGGUUCCACCAGCGAAUUGCCCCGUUCCGUACGGGUGUUCACAUGGAUAUGGGGUCGAAGCUCUUUUAUUGGGAUAUGGGAUUUCACUUCCGUUGCUCUAAACUUUACAUGUUACGCGACCGCUUUACACGGCCGUUCUCUGUGUGCCACUGGUGGUCCAGACUCAACAUUGAGGGUUGAGCAUGAGAGACUAGGCGCGUUCGAAUCCCAAAUUGAUAGCGUAUCUUACGACAUGCGAAGAGCAUUGGAGCCCAUUGAGAUAGAGACGUGGUUUCACAUUGUAAGUGGCGAGACAGAUGCAGAUUUAGUAACAGACGAGAUGAUCACACUUCAGCUACAUUAUUUGCAAAAAGCAUAUGAAAACGCUGCAAUAUCCUAUCAGUUACAGGGCGUAACGCGUCACGUUAAUAAAACUUGGGCGCGCAAUGGUGAUGACUUGGCCAUGAAGAAUGCACUUCGCAAGGGAGGUUACAGCACGUUAAAUGUCUACUUUCAGACCAACCUACAGCCGCCAUCUCCCACAGAUGUUGCGAGCGGCACCUCUGAAGUUGACGAUCGUCACGCAUAUAAUUCAGACCUUGCAACCCCCAGCGUCCUUGGUUUCUGCACUCUCCCGGAUCCGAGCAUUAAUGCCAGCAGCCCUCGAGUCAGCUACUCCAAAGAUGGCUGCAAUGUGCUCGCAAAGACUAUGCCUGGUGGCCCUAUGACUCAUUACAAUCGGGGUGGUACUGCAAUACACGAGAUUGGCCACUGGAAUGGUCUCUUACAUACUUUUGAAGGGGAGUCGUGUUCCGAAGACAAUGCAGGUGAUUACAUCGCAGACACACCGCAGCAAUCGGUGCCCACCGAUGGAUGCCCUUCUCAGAAGGAUUCUUGCCCGGAGAGCCCUGGCUUUGACGCCAUACAUAAUUUCAUGGACUAUUCAUCUGAUGAUUGCUACGCUUCAUUUACUUCUAAUCAGCUGAAGAGAAUGCGAAGCAUGUGGUUCUCCGUGAGAAAGGGGAAAUAA